AUGCGGACCUACGUUUCACAUCUAUCGAGACUGAUAACUCCUAAAGACGCAGCAAGCCACUCGAUCUCGUCACAAGCAGCCGGUAAACACGUGAUCAGAGCAUCGCAGCCGUCGAUACUACCCCCUCGAUCGCAUCCCCUGCCUUCCCAGUGCUUACACCAUCUUCAAGGAGCAUCGCAACCGUCCGUUGCCUCCUCCGGGCAGAUCCGGUUACUCCGAUCCUUGUACUCUCGGGUUGUUUCUCGAUCCGCAUCUCAACCCUCUUCCUCGAUCGGCAGCAGUACCAGUGCCACCGUUAUCGCGGCAAGGUUAACGCUUUCCCGUCAGAUCUCGCGGGAAUCCAGCCGUCUGUUUGAGCAGUCAGCAGCUGUCAGGCUCCUGCGAUCCGGCAACCUCGCGGCUCGAGAAGUGGCAAAAGGAGCCGCUCGAGAAGCCAGGGAGAAAUGGAGCCACUUGUUGCAAGGCGCGGCGGAUCGGUGUCGUCCUCCUGUCUUCUUUUUUCCGCCUCUCGCGCGAACCUUCGGCGCCGCGAGCCUCGCGGCGUCCAAGUCGCAGAUCGCGCCGCGGCUAGUGGCGAUUAUUCUCGGGGAAGCAGCGCUUCGGCGGACCACGGGUUCGGGUAGAGACGGGUUAGCGCACGCGGAGCAGAUGUUCGGCGCAGCGCAGCUCAAGUCGCAAGUGCAGGCGCAGCACCACACCAACCCCGUUAUAGGCUUCCUUCUUGAAACGCAAGAAGCGAUUCGACUGGCUCUUAGAGCCGUGUACCUGAUGUUUCUUUUCCUGCCCGCGAUCUUGACCGGCCCGUUUGCGGACAUGGCGGGAGGGCGGUUCCGGCAGCAGUGGCUAGAGCUGGUUCAUAAGACGCUAGAGUGCGCGGGGGCAGCGUUCAUAAAGUGGGGUCAGUGGGCGGCGACGCGGCCCGACUUAUUUCCGAAAGACAUGUGCGCGCAGCUGUCGAAGCUGCACACGAAGGCGCCGGCGCAUCCGUUCAAGACGACGCAGCGCAUCGUGGAGCGCGCGUUCGGACGGCGAUUGGAGGAGAUGUUCGACGAGUUUGACGAGGAACCCGUGGCAUCGGGGAGCAUUGCGCAGGUGCAUCGCGCGGUGCUGACGAGCCGCUAUCCGCGCGCGGAGCCGAAGAUGGUGGAGCCGCCGCGCAUGGUGGCGGUGAAGGUGCGGCACCCGGGCGUGCGCGAGGUGAUCCACCGCGACUUCGUCAUCAUGAACUGGGUCGCGCGCGCCACGAGCCUCGUGCCGGGCCUGCAGUGGCUGCGCCUCGAGGACAGCGUGCAGCAGUUCGCGGUCUUCAUGAUGGCGCAGGUGGAUCUGGCCCGUGAGGCGGCUCAGCUGAGUCGAUUCAACUACAACUUCCGCCGAUGGCGCAGCAUCAGCUUCCCCAAGCCGCUUUACCCGCUCGUGCAUCCCGAGGUGCUCGUGGAAACGUUCGAAUCCGGGCAGAGCGUGUCUCGGUACGUGGAUCGGACCGAACCUGGCGGCGUGGUUGGGCCGGAGGGCAAGGGAGCGUGGCUCGCCGCCGAAGCUGAGAAGGCUGCAGCUGAUGCUGCCGCCGCUGCUGCUGCAGGAGUGGCGGGGGGAAGAGUAGGAGGGAGCAAUUCGGAGAGUGGGGUUGAUGACAAGAGAAUAGCAGCAGCCAGCGCAAAGGAAGGCAGGCCGGAGGGCGGGGAGGGCGUGACAGGAGAAAGGGAAGGGGGAGGGGCAGAGAACGUUGUUGAUGAUCCGAAGGCAAAGAAGAAGCGGCGGUGGUUGGUACGGGGCCGGCCGUUUAAGCAGUGGUGGGAGAAGCGAGCGGGCAACAAGCUCAACAUGGAGCUAGCCGAACUCGGCUCACACACACUCCUCAAAAUGCUCCUGGUAGACAAUUUCAUACACGCAGAUCUGCACCCGGGGAACAUUCUCGUGCGCAUGCAGCGCGGGCACUUGCCGUCGGCGCCAGAGGAGGGCGUGGGGCUGUCGUUGAGCUCCCACCCGCAUAUUGUGCUGCUGGAUGUGGGCAUGACUGCGGAGUUGGAACCGAGGUUUAGAGCGAAUAUGCUGGAGUUCUUCAAGGCCAUUGCGGUUAGAGAUGGCCGGCAGGCUGCGGCGUGCACGUUGAAAUUUGCGGAUAAGCAGAGCUGCGCCGAUCCUGAUGCUUUCAUCCAGGAUGUGGACAACUCGUUCAAGGAGUGGGAUGCCACUGGCCUGCGCAUCCCAACGGGUGACUGCAUGCAAGACCUGCUGGAACAUGUGGUUUUCCACCUGUCCGUGUCGAGUCUCUCUCUCGACCCAUCUGCUUCCUCCUUGCCCUGCCCGCUCCCGCCCAACAUCACCCGUCGCUCUCUUCGAGUGUCUUGUUCCCUGCCUUGCUGUGUUAUCAAACCAUGGCCGCCGCGAAUCACGCUCGUCGGGUUUCAUAGGUGUUUCUUUCAGGGGUUCUGGUUUGCCUCCACGAUGUCCGUUCCGAAGGGAGGCACGCUGAGGAUCCGGGAGGUGUGGGCGGAUAAUCUGGAGGAGGAGUUUGAGAUGAUUCGCGAGAUUGUGGAUGAGUAUCCCUAUGUGGCCAUGGAUACGGAGUUCCCAGGGGUUGUUGUCAGGCCGGUCGGGACGUUUCGCAGCAGCGCGGAGUACCAUUACCAGACCUUGCGCGUGAACGUGGACAUGCUAAAGCUUAUUCAGUUAGGGUUGACGUUCACUAACGAGGAUGGUAUGCUUCCUCAUUUCGGGCAGAACGAGUACUGCGUUUGGCAAUUUAAUUUCCGGGAGUUUAAUCUUACGGAGGACAUUUACGCGCAGGACUCGAUCGAGCUUCUGAAGCAGAGCGGCAUCGAUUUCAGUAUGAACCAGGAGAGGGGGAUUGAUUCGUUCCGUUUCGGGGAGCUUAUGAUUCCGUCAGGCGUUGUCCUCAACGAGAACGUGAACUGGAUAACGUUCCACAGCGGCUACGAUUUCGGGUACCUUCUUAAGGUGCUGACGUGUCAGAACCUUCCGAGCAACGAAGCAGAUUUCUUCAACCUCCUCCGCACAUACUUUCCUACCAUCUACGACAUUAAGUACCUCAUGAAGUUCUGCACCCCUCUGCUGCUGCUAACUUGGCUGCAUCCUGAAGGAGUCCGACCCAGCACCUCUUCUGCUGCUGAUGACAAGUGGUGGCUUGUAGCGUACGGCAAGAGUGUCUCUUCCGUGGAGAGCGAGACGAAGUAG